UCUCUCUCUCUCUCUCUCUCUCUCUCUCUCUCUCUCUCUCAAAACAUGAUGCAGGGAAAGCUGUUGCUCCUACUCUUCAUAGCAGCAGCAGCAGCAGCUGAAGAAGAUCUACUCCAAAAUGCUGGCUUUGAAUCACCACCGUUAAACGUAACAGCAAACUCCACGACACCAUUCGUGCUCUUGACACAAACCAACCCCAUACCUGGCUGGACCUUUAGCGGGACGGUCCAGUAUGUUACAGCGGGCCCCAACAUGUCAUUGCCAGGAAAUGGCCACGCCAUACAGCUGGGCACUGAUGGGAAAAUAAACCAGACCUUUAGAGCUAAUGGAACAGCGAUGGAUUAUGUACUUACCUUCACACUCGCUCCAGGAGGCGACAACUGUUCUACGUCUACCACCAUGAAUGUGUCUGCUCCGAGUAGAUCAUCACUGGUUGCACUGGAACAGCUGUAUGGAAGCAAGGAGUGGGAAAGCCAUGCUUGCUACUUGGGGAGAAUCCCUUCACAUUCCCAAUCAUUUCCAAUUUUAGUAUUUUCUGCUGCUGCUCUCCCAACGGAUGAUCCGAUGGUGGAAAUUCCAGACAACUUGCUGAUAAACGGUGGAUUCGAGGUGGGGCCCGCUUUUGUGACUAACUCCACUGAGGGCAUUCUACUGGAAGAAGACAGAGAUUUCACUCAAUCUGCAUUACAACAGUGGUCUGUGAUGGGAAUAGUGAAAUAUAUAGACUCCAAACACUUCUCAGUCCCACACGGCAAUGCUGCAAUCAAGAUUGUCUCAGGCGAUAUCUCCGGGAUCCGAACAACAGUGGCUCUCAAGAAGGGUUCUACCUAUAACUUGGAGUUUGUGAUGGGUGACACCAACAACUCAUGCACAGGCAAUUUCAUAGUAGGAGCCCAAGGAGGCCCAUCUACUCAAAACUUCACAUUACAAAGCGAUGGCAAGGGCACUACCCAAAAAUUCUCUAUGUUGUUCAAAGCAAAUUCAAAUCCUACUCCUAUCAGUUUCACCAGUUUCACUCAGGGGCAGACAAUGGAUUUCGCAUUUUGUGGCCUUGUGAUUGAUGAUGUGGUUCUUCGUGCUGCUUCAUGUGGAUUGAAAUCCGCUGUCAAGAGUGGGGUUCUGUUUUCUUGUAUUGUUUUCAUUGUGAGUGCCCUAAAUAUAAUUGGGUGA